UCGUCCCGCCCCGCGCGCGGUGAUUGGCUCCGCGCGGCGUCUGGUUCCGGUUCCGGUGGGGUACGCCGUGGGGCGGAGCGGCGGCGGGCCCAUGGCGCCGGGCCGGCUGUGAGGGCCAUGGCGGCCCCACACGCGGAGAAGCUGGAGGGCGGCGUCCCGGCCCCGCCGCCCCCGCCGGGGCCUCCGCACCCCGCGGGUAGCGCCGCCGCCGGCGGGCCCGGCCGGAAGCAGGGGAAGGCAGGGCUGCAGAUGAAGAGCCCCGAGAAAAAGCGGCGCAAGUCCAACACGCAGGGCCCCGCCUACUCCCACCUCUCGGAGUUCGCCCCGCCGCCCACCCCCAUGGUGGACCACCUGGUGGCCUCCAACCCCUUCGAGGAUGAUUUUGGGGCCCCCAAGGUGGGCGCGGCCCCUGCCCCCUUCCUGGGCAGCCCCGUGCCUUUCGGCAGCUUCCGCGUCCAGGGGGGGAUGUCACCGCAGGUGCCCCCCGGUUACGGUGGAGGCCCCCAGUCCCUGCGGAGGCAGCCCCCCCCCUUCGCCCCCGGGCAGAUGGGCCCGGCCUUCAGCAUGCCCCCCCAGAACCCCGGCUAUGUCCAGCCCGGGGGCAUGGGCUUCCCGGGGCAGCCCUUCAGCCAGCCCCUCCAGCCCCUCGGACAGAACUUCAGCCCCCCCGCGGGGCAGCUCCUGCAGGGGCCCGUCGGGGGCUUCGGGCCCAUGAUUUCCCCCACCGUGGGGCAGCCCCCCCGGGGAGACAUGGGCCCCGGGCCAGCCCUCAACCCCCCCGGGGGACCAGCGGCCUCCCAGCGCUUCAGCCAACCUGGCAACCUCUUUGGACAGUCGCCCAUGCAGCGCCCAGGGCAGAACGUGCCCCCCCUGCCCCCCACCGCCAGCCCCUUCCCCGGGGCUGACCCCAGCUUCCCUGCUGGCGGUGAGGAGGGGGGCAAGAACCUCAACCCCACCCCCAGCACCUUCGCCCAGGAGCAGCACUCGGGCUCCCCCGCCACCGUCAACGGGGCGCAGCCCGGUUUCACCCCAGGCAGCAGCAGCCGCGGUGCUGGCACCCCGGAGACCAACAGCCUCCCACCACCCCCACCCGGUAAGGCAGCCGGCAGUUCAGGGCACCAGCCACCGCCGGGGCUGGUGUACCCCUGCGGGGCUUGUCGCAACGAGGUGAAUGACGACCAGGAUGCCAUCUUGUGCGAGGCCUCCUGCCAGAAGUGGUUCCACCGGGAGUGCACAGGGAUGACGGAGAAUGCCUAUGGGCUGCUCACCACCGAGGCCUCUGCUGUCUGGGCCUGUGACUUCUGCCUGAAGACCAAGGAGAUCCAGUCGGUCUACGUCCGGGAGGGCCUGGGACAGCUGGUGGCUGCCAACGACGGCUGAGCUGCUUUCCCACCGCCACCAGCAGCUUCCCCUGCCGAUUUAGGACCAAACCCCCUUUUUUUGUAGCUGCUGCUGCCGCCGCUGCCACCCCCACCACCAGCCAGAGAGAUGGUGCCAGGCACCGGCUGUGGCUCCACCAGCUGCCACUGGGACCCGGGCCAGUGCUGGCUGUGCCAUCGCCAGCCCUUUGCUGCGGGGGGGCUGCAGCCCCGGUGCACUGGCCUGCGGGGGCUGAGGCUCCCCGGUGCCCCCCCAGCUCUGCCUGAUGGGGUCAGUGCCCUUGGAGGGUGUGUGUGUGUUUGCGUGAUCCGGUCCCCACCGCCAUCCACGACUUCCCCCGGGGCUGUGCAGCGGUCCCGGUGUCCCUUCCACAUGCUUGGGGCAGUCCCGCUGCCCGGGACAGUCCUGGUGCCCCCCCCCCCGCCCCCCUCUUUUAGCCGAUCGUUAAUGGAAACUUUUGUACCGUCGCUAUAAAACUCUGAAACCCG